UCUUUUGGGAAUUAAUGGAUAUGCUAAUUUCAAUCACAUUACAGUAUGCUUCAUGUGCUACUAGUUUUCUAUAAACAUGAUUGUAGUAGUUAAUUGGUUCUUUUUAUUCAUAACCAUUUGUCAGCAUGAGAAUUCCUUGUCCACAUCCCGGACGUAUUUGGUUGGAGCAGAGAGGCUUGCAACGAGCUCUUUAUUGGCACAUAGAAGCUCGGGUUGUGUUGGAUCUCCAAGAGUUUCAAACUUCAGUGAGCAUCUUGAACAGUAUGAUGGUGUCUGUUUUAGAUGUCCAGUUAAAGAUUCAGAAAGUUGUGCUAAGAACAGACGGAAACUAGCUCUGAAAACUCUCUCCAAUCAUAGAUUUGCCUUACGUUACUUGAUAUGCCCAUAACUGUAUUUGUCAGGCUGCUAUUUGAGCUGCAAAUUGCUUUUGCGUCUGUUACAUAGAAACUUUCUUCAAGUGAACAACAUUUAACUAUUGAACUUUGAUAAGGAUAUGAGUAGGGUAAGGGCGAAUAUAUACAUCAACGCUUUAAGGUAACUGGUGCAGUUCUUUGAGCAUGGUGCCUGAGGGAUCUUGAAAAACAUUUUGCCCAUUCAAGGAGCUCCAUGAUAUUAAUUAUGAUGUAUUAGAUUAUAGAGCUGUCCUAUCCUUCUACAGUCCGUCAUUUUGUUACUGAUAUUGUGCAGGAGAAAUUCUAAUAACAAAAGAGUUACUAUCAUAUCCAUCUUCGUUUCCUGACAAGCAAUGCUGCUAAGAAACUAGAUUCGUUUAGACCUUCCCUUAGUUGAGAAGUUAAAAGAAAGGCAUGGGCAGAACUGGUAUUUCCACUAUUUUUGAGGGCAAAGAAGAUUUUUCCAAGCGUUACUGUACUUGUCCAUUCUGAUAGAGCAAAUGACCAUGAACUCCAGUUUUCCAUGGUUGAUGGUGAUUUCAAGAAGUUUGAAGGAAAAUGGUCUGUCAAAUCUGGUAAAAGGUUCUCAAAAACUACUUUGAGUUAUGAGCUAAAUGUCAUACCAACAUUCAACUUCCCUGCAAUUUUCUUGGAGAGAAUAAUCAGCUCAGAUCUUCCUGUGAAUCUUCAAGCCAUGGCUUGCAGAGCUGAAAGUACUUUCAAGAACAGCCAGAAUUCAUUGACUGAUGAAGCUCCUCCAGUUACAACAUUAGCAGACUCCUUUACUUCCACAAGUUCAGAUGUCAGUGGUGUUGCAUCAGACAAGAAUGAUUUUCCCACUGGAGAAUUAAAAGAAAAAUUGCUCAAGGCUACCUUGAGCCCCUUAUCUCCCGCAAAAAGUGAGUUAAGCAGUAAUUGGGGAGUAUUUGGGAAAGUAUGCAAGCUUGAUAAGCCAUGUAUGGUAGAUGAAGUUCAUCUUCGAAGAUUUGACGGCCUUUUGGAAAAUGGAGGUGUUCACCGUUGUGUUAUUGCUAGCAUAACCGUAAAAGCUCCAGUGCCUGAAGUUUGGAAUAUUUUGACUGAGUAUGAGAGACUUCCUGAGAUAGUUCCAAACUUAGCUAUCAGCAAGAUUCUGUCACGCGAGAACAAUAAAGUUCGCAUUCUUCAGGAGGGAUGCAAGGGUUUGCUAUACAUGGUACUUCAUGCACGUGUUAUACUUGACUUGUGUGAAGUACUUGAACAAGAGAUUAGCUUUAAGCAGGUUGAAGGUGAUUUUGAUUCAUUCAGGGGGAAAUGGAGUCUAGAGCAAUUAGGGAAUCAUCACACACUGUUGAAAUACACUGUGGAGUCAAAAAUGCGGAAGAAUUCAUUUCUUUCUGAAGCUAUCAUGGAAGAGGUGAUAUAUGAAGAUCUCCCUUCAAAUUUAUGUGCAAUUCGAGAUUAUAUUGAGACAAAGGUUGCUGAAAACACUUCCAAGGCAUUUGACUAUUCAGCUUACACAAAUGAGCUUUUUGCUUCAUCUUCCAACGAGAAUUCUGCCAGUAAUGAUGAGCCAGCUAAUCAAAAUUUGAGUUCAACUGCUUCAGAUUCAUCUAGACAGAGACCUAAAGUUCCAGGAUUGCAGAGAGACAUUGAAGUUCUCAAAUCUGAACUCUUCACUUUUAUAGCUGAACAUGGACAAGAAGGCUUUAUGCCCAUGAGAAAGCAACUUCGGAGGCAUGGAAGGGUGGACAUUGAGAAGGCAAUCACGCGCAUGGGAGGAUUCAGAAGAAUAGCUGCCUUGAUGAAUCUCUCUCUCGCAUACAAACACCGCAAGCCAAAAGGUUAUUGGGACAACCUUGAGAAUUUGCAAGAAGAGAUAAGUUGGUUCCAAAAGAGUUGGAGAAUGGACCCAUCAUUCAUGCCCAGCAGAAAAGCUUUUGAGCAAGCAGGUCGCUUUGAUAUUGCACGUGCAUUGGAGAAAUGGGGAGGUCUUCAUGAAGUUUCACGUCUUCUUUCACUUAAGGUGAGGCAUCCUAACAGGCAGGCAAGCUUAGCAAAAGAAAGAAAAAUGGAAGUUUUGGCGCCUAACGAAGACCAGGCACCAUCUAAGCCUUAUGUUUCGCAAAACACUCAGAAGUGGCUGACAAAAGUGAAGGAAUUUGACAUAAAUUGGGUGGAAUGAUAUCUGUAUCUGUUGUUCUCGCUAAUUAUGUAUUUGCUGUAAAUUAAUCAAAAAUUUCGGUAUUAAGGAAGAGUAAGAUUAUGUAUAGACCAUGUUCCAA